AUGGGAGCGUUCGACGGGAUGAGCUUGGUGGCAUUGGUUGGCGGGAAGCGGGGCGGAGAGAAGGAGGAAGCAGACUUGAAUACAAGUGACAUUUCAGCUAGCGAUGGUCAUCCUCAGAUCCGCGAUGGUAUUUCAGAUUUAGACUUGGCUUCUGCAGAGGAGGAGGAGAAGGAGGAGCGAGGCUUCGCCUCUCCGGAUUCCACGGGAAGAAGCUCAGAUUCGGUUGUGCAGCAGCAGCAGGAAAAGGAGGAGCCGGUGGUGGUUGCGGUUACCACGGGAGAAGAGGCAGACAUGGUUACGGAGAAGCAAGCUGAGCUGGUUACGCAGCAACCAUGGGAUGAGAGGGUUGAAGAGCACGAGGGUGCUGCGGCUGCUGUGGUUGUUGCGACCGGUGUGGAUGGGAAGGAAGGCGGCGAGGAGAUUACUCUGACAGCUGGCGGAAGUGGUGCAGUGACGGCUUGCGAAGCUGCUGACGUGGAAUCUGCUGACGUGGGCGGUGCUGAGGUGGAACCCGUUCCUGCUGAGCCGGAUGACGCUGAUGAUAUAAUGCCAGCAACGCGGGCGGAGGAGAAGGUGUGGGAGGCGGAGGUGGUGGAGCAGCAGCUUGAAACGGAGGCUGCAGGAGUUGCUGCAGCUGCCACUGGGGAGACGGAGGAGGGUACGUCCCUGCCGGAAGCGGAGGAGAUGGCAUGGGCGCUAGAGGAGGCGGAGCAGCAACGCCUGGCAGAGCAGCAGCAACAGCAGAUGCUUCUGGCGGCUGCUGCUGCUGUGGUGGUGGUGGUGGCUGCAGCUGCUGCUGGGUCACAGCUGCAAGGGGCGGCGCCCUCUGCUUCUGCAGGCGAGCGCAGGCAGAGCUUCAGUGGUCAAUCCUGGGGUGCUGCCGCUGGCGCUGCCGCUAGUGGUGGUGGUGCUGCUGUUAGUGGUGGUGGUGCCACUGCUGUUAGUGGUGGGAACGGCGGCUUUAUGCAUCCCCAGCAGCAGCAGUACCAGCAGCAGCACCAGCAAUGGCAGGCGCCAGCAAUGAGCGGAGCAGGAGGGGUGGACGCUGGUUGGACGCUCAGCGAAGGAGCUAGGCUCGGCAGAACUGCUGGACCUGGAUUCAGCUCCGGCAAUGCUUGUGCCGGUGCUGCUGCUGCUGCCAGGCCUGCAGGCUCAGCGAUCUCGGGGCUGAGGCUCGGGAAUCAAGGCAUGGACUCGGUUUGUGAGAGCACGAGCAACUACUAUGGGCCAAUGGGAAGGCGACAGCAGCAGCAGCAGAGAGAGCAGGUGCUGCAGGCGCAGCAGCAGCAGUGGGAUCAGAUGAAAAUGGGGUGGCAGGCCGGGGGAACGGGCGGAAGCGUGGGCGGAGGCAUGGGCGGAAGCAUGGGCGGAGGCAUGGGGGGAACGGGGGGGCAUAGCCCCGUGGGGAUGGCGCAGAUGGUGGCGGUGGGGGAUGUGCUGGUGGCAGUGGGGGGCGAUGGGGAGGGGGAGGGGGGCGCGCAGGGAGGCACAGGGUCACCAGGAGGGUAUGGGCGGUAUAACGCGUUCAAGCCCGUGGUGGUGCGAGAGGGAUCAGAGCAGCAGGUAGUGCUGACGCCAGUCAAGCGCUCCAGCCGCCUCCGUAUGGCCGUCAGUGGCGCCACCCCUUCUGUCAGCGGCUUCUCGCAGCCCACCAGCAGCUACGCUGGGGGAGGGAUCAACCACGGUGUGGUCAACCGGCCUUGA